GUCCAAACAUAAUCUGGCCCAGUGUAUGUUUGCUGAUACCCGAAGUUACAGUCCGGAGAAAUCUGAUCGCUCUAUCGGUCUUCUUCUCUCUCCCUGAAGUCCGACAGUCGCAGCGAACGGAAAACGGCCAAAUCGCGAGAAGCCACCACUCCCCUCUUCGACCCUCCCGCUGUCUGCCGCCUGCGUCUGACUGACAGACCGCCUACUCGCUCAGGCGGCCCAGCUGAGCUGCUGGCCGCGUCGGGCGUUGGCGGCGUCGCCCACGGCACAAGACUCCCACUCCGGGCACUUGCCUGUCUCCAUGCUCCACUGCCAGUCGCCCAGUGCCCCAAUAGGCUACCUCAAUCUCGGUUUUCGCUGACUCUCUCUUGACUGUUGAGGAGUCUGAGUAUGCCAUUCUUAAAAGAUUUCUGCUUUGAUUAUGAGGUGUGUUUAUGCUACUAGUUUUAAGCGCUCAGUAACAUUUUCAAGUCUGAAUUUUGGUUCGAAAUUUAACUUAUCUGAACUCCCGUUCUCAGAAGACUGGAUUCAAGUUCCUAAAAGUAGCAGUUGGUUUGACUUACCCUAAAAUGACAGAAAUGUUCGGCUAUACAGCAUGCAGACAAUUAUUGCAAAUGUUUAUUGCAAUAAUGUUUUUCCAUAUUUCUGAAUAUAUUCUUGCGGUUGCUAUUCAUGGGAGAUCAAGUGUGACUGUCAAAUCACUUUUGAUCAGCAAAAACUAUGUAUUUGCCAUGGCAUUCUGCUUCAUAGAGUACCUUCUUGAAGCACACUUCUUCCCUUCCACAAAGGAGCACUGGUGGAUAAGUGAUUUGGGCCUGGGCCUGGUUGUUUUAGGUGAGAUCAUCCGGAAGCUGGCAAUUAUAACCGCUGGUCGAUCCUUUACUCAUUUGAUAAAAGUGCAUCACGAGGAACAUCAUAAACUCGUGACGCAUGGACUAUAUAAAUAUAUGCGCCACCCGAGUUAUUGUGGUUUCUUUAUUUGGUCUGUUGGUACCCAGAUAAUGCUUUGCAAUCCAGUUUCAACUGUUGCAUAUGCUGUAGUUGUUUGGCGCUUCUUCUAUGAAAGGAUACCUUAUGAGGAGUAUUUCUUGAGGCAGUUUUUUGGUGCUCAAUAUGUAGAUUAUGCCAGAAGAGUUCCUUCUGGAGUCCCAUUUGUGUAAGAAGCCUUAAUAGUCGUUUGAUUGACAUGUCUGUAACUUUAAUUCCCAAGCAGCAAUUGUUUUUAAUUUGUGAUUGGGAAAUUUCCUUCAAAUAUUGUUGUUUUUG